ACACCAUCCUGACUCUAGUGGACCAUGCUACCGAACACCGAUGAAAAUAGUGGAUCUUGUGAACCUGAGGGGCAAUUAUACUGUUCAGUGUUUAUGUCUAAUUAAAUUUUUAAUAUUCUAUAUAGAAAAUGAAAAAAGGAACUUUCUAUUCCAUUUUUUCCCUCGACUCUUGCUAGCCACCCUUAAAGCCGGACUUCUGCUGGCGGCUACUCAAUAUGGUAAAAUACAACAUUUCUCGCUUCGAAGGUUUCUUUGUUUUUGGCCAGAGCUUCGAAGGUUACAGGGAUGGAGCAACUUGAACUGAACCCUAAUUCUGUCAAUAAACUCAGCGAGUCCUCCUCCCCCUCGGUCGACGACGACGACGACCCACCGGUUUUGAGCUCUCAUGCCCUAGCCGCCCUCAAAGAAUUUCUCGCCGACCAGAACCACUCCGUCGCCGAUUCCAAUGUGGCAACUGAAGGAGACUCGGAGGUUACUUUGGUAUCCGAAGAUUGGAGGUUGAGCCAGUUCUGGUACAGUGCAGAAACCGCAACGACGUUAGCUGAGGAGGUUAUUACUCUCUGCCAUGGCAGCGACGAUUCUCGAGUUGCUUGCAUUGCUUGUCCUACUCUUUAUGCCUAUCUUAAGAAAAUGCAUCCGAAUAUUUCCCUUCAACUUCUUGAGUAUGACAAACGUUUUGAGCGAUACGGCAGUGAUUACACAUAUUAUGACUACAACAAACCUGAAGAGUUACCUUCGGGAUUGAAGAGCGUCUUCAAAGUUGUAGUUGCGGAUCCUCCUUAUUUGAGCAAAGAGUGCUUGGAGAAAGUUGCUCAAACGAUUUCUUUCCUCAAACAACGUGGAGAGUCAUAUAUGCUACUACUCACCGGUGAAGUGCAGAAGGAAAGGGCGGCUGAGGUCCUGGGUUUGCAUCCUUGUGGAUUUAGACCUCAUCACACCAGCAAACUUGGAAAUGAGUUCCGGCUGUUCACAAACUAUGACCCAGGGACGAGAUUAGGCGGGUGGGAAAAAUAGAUAUGAUGGUGGAGUGAUUGGACUAUCUUGUCUGUCAGUUAACUGUCACUUCGUUGUGAGCUCUGUUGCCUCUGAUUCUAUGUCUCAAUCAAAAAUGAUUAAUUUUGACUUUAGGCCGAACGAGAUAUUUUUAACUUGUUCGCUUGACCUUCCGUUCCCAGUUUCCAAACACAAUAAAUUGAACUAAUGCAACAUAGUGUUAACUUCA